AUGCAGACGACCCUUGUACUGUUGGUGCUGUUGGCAGUGGCUUCAUUUGCUGUGGCAAAACCCAAAAAUCGCUUCACCCGAUAUCCAUCAUGGAACACUAAAAUGUAUCCAAUCUGGAGAGAUGGAGACCCUCGGUACAAAGACUCAUGGAAGGGUGGAAAGGUGACUUUCAAUGUGGGGAAUGAUGCACCAACUCUCACCGGAGCCAAGGUUACUUUCACCAUUGACCUGCAGUUUCCACAUAACCAAAAGGCGCAACCCAAUGGAGAGGUUGUUUGGGCCAAGGACUGCACAGUCAAUGGAACAAAGUACCAUGAAUCAGAGCCAGUGUAUGUAGAUCAGAACAUGGAGUGGGAUGGUGUUUUCCCUGAUGGGACAUCCUUCAAGAAGGACAAGAAGCCCAGCUAUGUGUUUGUCUGGAAGACAUGGGGUCAGUAUUGGCAAGUGUCAGAUGGACCCUCCUCCUCCCUGACCAUCAGUACAGAUGAUGUCCCCCUGGGCUCCUACACCAUGGACAUUGUCAUCUACCACUACCGGAGCAAGGAGAAGUUCAUUCCUCUGGGAUACGCCUCUACUCAGUUCUCCAUCACUGAUCAAAUCCCCUUUGCUGUCUCUCUGGACCAAGUGAACGACAUUGUGGCCGGGGACAUGCGCUUCAUCCAGAACCGGGCAAUUGCCUUCACCAUAACUCUCCAUGACCCAAGCGAGUACCUCAGUGACGCAGACAUCACCUUCAACUGGGACUUUGGAGAUGAGAGUGGAGCCCUCAUUUCCAGGGAGCUGACUGUCACCCACACCUACAUUAGCUCUGGCUCCUUCAGGCCCCAGGUGGUCAUCCAGGCUGUCAUCCCCGAUAAGAACUGCAACCCCCCAGUUGGGGCUCCCACGCAGACCCCUGGCUCACCCACUGAUCUGGGCACCACAGUGAAAGCUUCUGCACUGGCGUCCGCUGUCCCAUUCCUGGUGUCCACCAAGACAACUGGGAUGAACGUGAAUGUGGCUCCGUCUGACAGCGAAGAUGACAACACAGAGGAGGAGGCAUCCACCGCCUCCACAACACCACCCAACCAGGAAGCAGACACAGUGGCCAGGACUCCCCCGCCUGUCAACAAGUGGUGGACUCGGUAUUAAUCCAAUUUCUCUGUACAAGGAGCAGUGAGGACAGUUACACUGACAGGUCAGGCUACAGUGGUAGUGGUUGCUAAAAGGGAUGCUGAUGACAAACCUGCAGAUGAUGACUGUGUGAUCUAUCGGUAUGGCUCCUUCUGCACUGGAAUCGAGGUGAUUGAGGGAAUUGAGAAAGUACAAAUAGUGCAAAUUGACAAUGCUCUAAUGACAAAACCUGAAGCUGACAAAAAUGUGCUGGACCUGACCGUUACCUGCCAGGGAAGCCUUCCUAAAGAAGUGUGCAGUGUGAUUCUGGAUGCAGAAUGCCUAAGGCCCAUCCAUACAGAGUGCAACAUGGUGGAGCCAUCUCGAGAGUGCCAGCUCGUGCUGCGCCACUUCUUCAAUGACUCUGGUGUCUAUUGCAUCAAUGUGUCAAUGGCCAACGAUGUCAGCUUGGCUGUCACAAGUGCCAAAGUCAGCGUCAGCAUGGGCUCUGAUCUGUCCUCGUCUAGUGUUGUAGCCAUGGUAUUGGGGGUCAUGGUGAUUGCUUUCACAGUAGGAAUGGUGGCAUACUCAUACAAGCGCUUCAAGUCUUACCAUCCACUUAAAGAGGAUGUUGUGUCGACGGGGCCUGCGGCCGGUCAGACCCGCAACUGUUCCGGAACAACGAUGUUCUGGAAACUUCUGAAUCGGCGGGGGGCUGUCGAUAACUGCCCGCUACUGCAGGACAGGCUGGUGUGA